AAAUUGCAGUUAUUAAAAGACAGCAGUUUUUGCAAUACGAUUUUCAGUCCAAUCAAGAAAUUCAUCUUCCAAUAUUUGGUGAAGCGUUUUUAGAAUCCUUAACGAUGUUUCAUUCGGGUCGAUUUUCUUGGUUGAGUGAUGAACAAAAAAUAACCUGGAUUCUCGAGGUCCGAUCGUUAUUUUCACCACUAAUAGUAACUAUUGAACAGUGUGAUAUUAAGACAACAUGGACACUCGAAAGACUUGAGUCAGCAAAACCUGAGAAUCCUCGCCUUGAUGAAAACCUUGUAACAAAAUUUGCAGUCUCGGGACUUAAUUUCAAAAAAUAUUUUAAAGAUAUUUCUCUAUUCGGUAAUAUGUUUACUAUUAAACAUUCAUCUCAGGAUAAAGAGUCCUUUGUUCGAAUUAAAACAUCCGAUGCCGCGAUUGCUCAUGAUACCACAAUAUAUCAUAAUAUUUUUGUACCAAAUUUUGGUUUUACCUAUAAUAAUAGGUUUCUUAGUAAAGAGUUUGUGAGAACAGCAGCAGAUGGCGCGAUUGUAGAGAUUGAAAUCGAUAUUCAUGGGGUUGAUCGUAUUCUAGGAUUUAUUAAUAAAAGCGGAGGAUUUAGAUUGGAUUGUUGG